AUGAUUGUGCAUAAACUAUUAAGUGGCUCUCUAGUGAUUUUAAUAUCAUUAAAUUCAAUUUAUGGUUCUCCAUCACCACCUAUAAUUCAACAAACACAACAACAUAAUUCAGAGGAUUAUACAAAUGCUGGAUUACGAACUGCAUUUAAAGUAUAUAAUGAAUGUUCGGCUGUUGAAGGCGGUUUUGUGCCAUGUUUAAAAAAGAAAGCAAUUUCAUUUAUUGAUCGUAUUGAAUUAAUUGAUACCAUUAAUAUUGGUGAUGGUAUUAAAGUGGUUCGUAUACCAAAUGUACCGACACCAAUUAGUCGGGCACUUAAUGAAAAUGAAAUUGAUUCUCAAUUACCAAGAAAUAUUGAAGAUCGUGAUACACAAUUAACAACAAUGUUAUUCGAAAGAAUUGGAAAAUUCUUUAAUGGUCAUACAUUACAAAUUAAUUUUCCACAAUUUGAUACAGAAGAAAUUGGCAGACAAUUAAGUACAGGUCGUGGUAAAAUGAAGAAAAUGAUGGGUAUGAUGAUGAUGGGUAUGGCUAUGAAAAUGAUGGGUAUGAUACCAGUUGCAAUGGCCGGUCUAUAUAUGUUAGCUGGUAAAGCUUUAAUUGUAUCAAAAAUAGCACUUUUAUUAGCUGGUAUUAUGGGCCUAAAGAAAUUAAUGUCUGGACGUGGUGGAGGCGGUGGUGGUGGUGGUGGUGCUGCCUGGCCAUCUGGUGGUUCAUCUGGUGGUUGGUCAUCAGGUGGUGGUGGUGGUGGUGGUGGCGGAUGGGAUCGUCGUUCAAUUGAUAAUGCACAAGAAUUAGCUUAUCGUGGUUAUGUACAACAAAUGGAACAAAUACAAAAACAAACAAAAAAUGUUGGCACACGACGAAAAAAUGCUAACAGCAAUAAUAGUGCAAACACUUUAUCAUAUUUAAGUCACGAAGAUCUUAAUAAUUUUGGUGACAUUACAAAAGCAACAAAAGGAAAAAAUCAAAUAUUAAAUGAAAAUGCAACUUAUUCAAUACAAAAUAGUCGCAAGGAUACAAAAUCAGAAAAGAGAAAUUUUUUAUCAUCGUUGGAUGAUUUUUCACCAUAUACUGGAUUAAAUUUUAAUGGUAAGAAUAACAGAACUGAAACGAUAAAUUAA